UCAUAUUAAAAUAAGCCUUUCAUAGCAGCUGGUCCUCUUCCACAGAGUCCACCAUGUUGCACUGCCAUGUUUCCACAGCAGCUCAGGAGAGACAACCAAACAUCUGGAGAGGACCUUUCAUGUUUCAGGGGGGUGGAGAUCUGCAGGUGGAUGACACUAUAUUGUACACAUUUGAUUAUCAUUCUUAUUCCCUUUUUAUUUUGUUGUUGUGUGGAAAACAACAUGAAACUUUUCAAUUAAACUGAAUUGUUCUGAAUGAAGAGGAAAACAUUAAACUUUAACCCAACGCCUCCAUCUGCUGGUGACAACAUGACAUGACAGCAUGCUGGUCAUAAUUUAACACCUGACAGAGAAAAGAGAAAAUGAAAGUAAAUGUCAACGUUGUUGAACAGAACUGAGAUGCUAUUACAGACUGUGAGAUCUCUGCAGGAAAACACAAACUUGGUCACUUAAAGCAGUCAAGGGAAGGAACAGUAACUUGGUGAGUCUUGCUGCUGAAGACGAACUUCGAUAACAAAUGGCUGAGAAACUUGCUCUUGUUGAAAGUUUCCUGAGUUGCCACGUGUGUUCAGAGACUUUCAGAGAUCCUGUGUCUCUGAGGUGCAACCACAGCUUCUGUUCAAGCUGUCUGCAACAAUUCUGGAAACAAACUGGAAACAAAAACUGUCCCAUUUGUAAGAGAAAAUCCUCAAAAGAUUUCCUGAAAGUGAACUUUCCGCUGAAGGAACUUGCUGAUUCCUUUGCUGGGAGACAGAAAUCUGGAUCAUCUGAGACAGAACAAGCAGAGAAGAAGGUGGAGGUGGUGUGUAGUAAACAUCAGGGAGAGUCUAAAUUAUUCUGUGAGGACGAGCAGAGAGCUUUGUGUUCUGUCUGUGAGUUUUCUCUCCAUCAGAGUCACAAGGUGGUUCCUAUAGAACAAGCAGUCAGUGACCUGAAGGAGCAGCUGAAAUGUGACUUAAAGUCUCUACAGGACAAGAGGGACGAAUACAAACAAGUGGAGAAAACAUACAGUGAAGUGAUUCAACACUCCGAGAAGCAACUGCUGUCCACAGAGAAGCAGAUCAGAGCAGAGUUCAACAAGCUCCACCAGUUCCUGAAGGAGGAAGAGGAGUCCAGACUGGCAGCUCUGAGGGAAGAAGAGGAGCAGAAGAGGAAGACUAUCAGCAGAGAGAUGAAGAUGAUUCAGGAGCAGAUCUCCUCUCUGUCAGACAGCAUCUCUGCUGUUGAAGAAGACCUGCAGAAACACAACAUGACGUUCCUCAGCAGUUAUAAAGCCACUCAGUCCAGAGCCAGAGUCCAGUGCUCACUGUCAGAUCCACAGCUGGUCUCAGGAGCGCUCAUAGAUGUGGCCAAACACCUGGGAAACCUGUCCUUCAGAGUGUGGGACAAGAUGAAGGACAAGGUCCACUUCAGUCCUGUCAUUCUGGACCCAAACACUGCAAACCGCUGGCUCCAUUUGUCUGAUGAUCUGACCAGUGUGAGACGUGGAGACACAUGGCAGGAGCUUCCUGACAAUCCAGAGGGAAACACUAAGUAUGCAAAUGUUCUGGGCUCUGAGGGCUUCAGCUCAGGGAAACACAGCUGGGAGGUGGAGGUGGGAGAUCAUCCUGACUGGGUUGUAGGUUUGGUUAAAGAGUCAGUUGACAGGAAGGGGAAGAUAUUUGUGUCACCAGAAUAUGGAGUCUGGUGUUUGUUUCAUCGCAGUGGAAAAUACACAAAUGGUCUUGGUAAGACUGUCACAGAGAAGAAGAGUCUCCAGAGGAUCAGAGUCCAGCUGGACUAUGGCAGGGGGGAGGUGUCCUUCUCUGACCCUGAAGACAUGACUCACAUCUACACUCACAAAGACACUUUCACUGAAAAACUCUUCCCAUAUUUCUAUGUUGGGGAGGCUGGUGAUGCUAAAACUGCUGAUAUCAAAAUCUGUCCCACUGAUUUCUCUGAUUUCUGAUUUAGAUUUUAAAGUCAUCAUCACACUUUACAGUCAAACC